CUGGGAGGACGGGAGCUUGUGCGCAGGCGCAGUGCUGCAGUGAGUGCCUGUCAAGCUGGCUAAAGCAAGCAGGAGGUGUGAGAGAGAGAGCAUUGCAGAGCAAGGAGGGUGGAGAGCCAAGACGUGCUUGUACUCAGCUCCUCAUUCCCAGGGCACAGGCAAGGCUCAGCUAGGCUGCAGCACUGGACUUGUUUUUCACAUUAGAUUGUGCAGCACUGCAAUCAGGUGCAUGAUCAGACAUUUUCUUUUUCUCCAAAUCAGGUGCAUUGGCAUUCAUUUUUAGCUCUAAAGGGAUUUCUACAGUCUGUGGAUCUUAAAUUUUCUCUUGAUAUUUGCAGAUCAGGGUGUGAGCAUUGCAGCUGUCACCUUAUUUUGGUAGAUUUUUUGCAGAGAUCUGAUCCUUCUCACCUCUGCUGAGGACACAGCUUCCAGUAUUUAUCAUAGGAAGCGGACAGGGGAAGAAAGGACAUUUUUAUUUCAAUACCAAUGCAGCAGCUGCUGGCAACAUUUUCUACAAAUUGUCCAUGUAAAAGGAAUUGCUACAGUGGAUCUCUACACCCAGGGGGUAUAUAAAGGACAGCAGGACUGCAGUGUCACAUUCCAAGUCUGGUGGUGAAUGAUCUGAGGAUUUCAGCCAUGACAAGUAUGGACUGCAGUAAUAACACAGGGGGCGUCAUAAGCUAUGUUGGUUCCAGUGGUUCCUCCCCCAGUCGGACCAGCCCCGUGUCUCUGUACAGUGAAUGUUCAACAGGGAGCCCUCAGGGUGGCGCCACACACUAUCCAUCAUACUUGCCACCCUCUCCAACCAACUCUUACAGUGCCAGUCCCUCCAGCUCAGCGGGAGAGACCUCUCCACGAUCAACCUAUGGCCUGGCUUCCUCUCCUGGAGGACUUCAUGUUGCUCUAGAUGAUGGCAGCAGAGUUUCACCAAGCAAAACUUCCAGCAACAUUACAAAGCUGAAUGGAAUGGUCUUGUUGUGUAAAGUCUGCGGUGAUGUAGCCUCUGGAUUUCACUAUGGUGUACAUGCCUGCGAAGGCUGCAAGGGAUUUUUCCGUCGCAGCAUUCAGCAGAACAUUCAGUACAAGAAAUGUCUGAAGAAUGAGACCUGCUCCAUUGUGCGCAUUAAUAGGAACCGCUGUCAGCAGUGCCGAUUCCGCAAGUGUCUCUCAGUGGGCAUGUCUAGAGAUGCUGUGCGAUUUGGUCGCAUUCCAAAGAGGGAGAAGCAGCGAAUGUUGGCUGAAAUGCACAGUGCAAUGAGCCACAUCACUGGAGGACAUUUUGGCCGAAGGAGCCCUGUCCCUCUUCAACCCCAGCAGAUUCGGCCUUCCUCUCCCCUCCAUGUGGCACCGGCCUCCUGUCCUUCACCAUCUUCCAUCCCAGAAGUUUACCCCCACUACCCGCAGCAACUGACACCACCUCGAUCCCCCAGCCCAGACCAUGUUGAUGAUGUCAUUGGUCAGGUCACCCAAGCUCAUCGACAGAUUUUUGUGUAUGCCCAUGAAAAAAUCAGCAGAAACAUUGCAUCUUGGGAGCAGCAGCAUAACAACCCACCCCCUCCAUGUUGGGCACAGGACAGUGGAGAUUCCAGAGGCGGACGCAGCCUGCAUCUGGCAUGUCCAAUGAACGCUCUGCCCCGUGGGAGUCCUCUCCGCUCUGUGCAGGAAGUUUGGGAAGAGUUCUCACUUAGCUUUACCCCAGCUGUACGAGAGGUAGUGGAAUUUGCACGUCACAUUCCCGGGUUCCAGAACUUGACACAACAAGACCAGGUCACCUUGCUGAAAGCUGGCACAUUUGAGGUCCUCAUGGUGCGGUUUGCUACCCUGUUUGAUGUGCGGGAGCGUUCUCUGAGGUUCCUGAGUGGAGCAACAUACUCUCUACCAGAACUUCAAGCCAUGGGCAUGGGAGAGCUUCUCAGCUCAAUGUUUGACUUCAGUGAAAAGCUUGCAUCUCUCAACCUAAGUCAGGAGGAGUUGGGCAUCUUCACUGCACUUGUACUGGUAUCUGCAGAUCGCUCCGGAAUGGAAAACGCUUCAUUAGUAGAGCAGCUGCAAGAGACUUUGAUACGCGCCCUCCGUUCCCUCAUCCUGAAAAACACUCCAAACGACACUUCCCGGUUUACCAAACUGCUGCUGCGACUGCCGGACUUGCGAACCCUAAACAGCAUGCACUCUGAAAAACUGCUGUCAUUCCGUGUGGACACGCACUGACUUCAAUAAGCGACUGGCUAAGUACAGGCACUAAACUAAGAAUGGUCAUGUUGCGAUGGCAUCACAGACUCUGUCACUCCCUGCAGAAAACUAGAUCACUUGCAGGGACCUCAAGAGAGAGAUGGGGGUUGCAAAACGCCCAUUGUGUCGCGAGUUUACUUUGUGACGGUGAUGUAUCUGUGGAUUGGCGUGUGCAGUAUAUGAGACUUCUAAAAGCCAGGAAAUGGUAUAGAGGCGGGAUCAGCACUUAUGAGAGCAAGACCCGAGGACUAAUGUGUGUUUGUGUAUAUAUACGUAUACAUCUGUAAAUACUUUACUGUCAUACAGUGGAAACCAUUGUGUAAAUAUCUGUGUGUAUAUCAGAGGUUGUGCUAAAUAUAAAAUAUUUUAUGAAACCAUAA